AUGAAAACUUUUUUUACAGAAAUGGAUUGUAAAUCAGACUAGUAACUUCUCAAAGAAAUUAAUUGUCUUUUUCUGAGACUUAAUUUAGAAUCACCUCGAACAUAAUAAGCUAUGAAAGAACUAAAUUUAAGUAAAUAAUAAUGUCAAAUCAAGUAACAUAAAUAUGUAAAUUAUAAUAUAAGAAUUCUCUCUGAAUUUCUCAAUUAUCAUAAUGAAGCUCAUACCAUGUACUUGAAUCAUUUGCAAAUUUUAAAAGGUAAUUCAUUUUUUCCCCUACUCAUAUAUUAGAUAAUCUUACAAAUUUAGUGAAAAGAAGAAGGGUAAUUAUUGGCCCUUCUAUUAAAAUUGUAUUCACAACUCCAAAGCAAUCCAAACAAUUUAAUUUUCUAAAGAAAAUCUUCGAUCAUGACCUUAAGGAGUUAUAUCAAUCAGAAUUGUAGAUUAAAGAAUAAUAAUAAAGAAAUACAGAUAAAAUCUUUAAAUCUGUUGAAGAUAACUUGAAAUCUAUAUCAAAUAAAGCCAAAAUUCAUAAUUAAAUAGUUGAUAAAAAACUUAUAAUAUUGAAGAAAAGUAGAGAAAAUGAUUUGGAUAAUAGAUUAAAUAAAAGUCUUGAUUUUGAUUCCAAAUUUGAACCUAUUUAAAAAUCAUUACAAGAUUCUAAAAGUAAAUUUUAAAUAAUGAUGUAAUCUAAAAAACAAUAAGAAUUGGAUUAUCAUUUAGAAAAAAAAAAAAGUAUUAUUGAAUAAGAUGAACUUCGUAGAACUAAUUUAUAAUUUACAAUUGAAAAAUCUUAAAGAAAUUCACAUAUUAGAUAAGGUAUUGCUAGUCAUGAUCGUAUUCAAUAAGUUUAAAAUUAAUAAUUAGAAUAACAAUAAAAAGCAAUCUAAAAAAUUGCUAGUCAAAUUGAAAAAACAUCAAUAUAGACCUAAUAAUAGCAAUCAAAUUUAUAAAAUACAAUUUAGAAAAUGAAAGAGGAAUAAGACAAAAAAAUUAACAAAGUUCAAAAAAAUCUUACAUCUAAAUCAUUAUUUUAAUCUGAGAGGGAAAGUGUUAUAAUUUAAGAUAUAUAAGAAAAAAUUAUUUAAGGGAAUACAAAAUCAAAGUAACGUUUAUUAGAUAUAUAAUCAAAAUUAAAAAAUGUUACUUUAUAAAAAUAAGAAAAAUAAUAAGAAUUGUUUAACAGUUAUACAAAUAAAAUGGAGAAGAGAAAUGAAACAAUAAUUGAAAAGCAUCUUAAAUUAAGAGAAAAUCUAAAAAAAAAUUAGAAUUUAAGUAAAAAUAUGGUUUAAUAAUAACAUUAAUUAAUUAUUGAAAAGGAUGAGUUUAAUUAAAAUAUCUCUAAGGCUUAAAAAUUAAUAGUUAGUAAGACAACAAAGGAUAUUGAAGAAUUACUCACUCAUCUUGUUUUUAAUUGA